AUGCGCUCCUGGCUCUCCGUCGUCGUCGUCCCGGGGGCUGUGCUGCUGCUGCUGCUCCUGCCUCCGGUGGGGUCUCCGUGGGGGUCGCCCUCCUUCGCCCUCCUCCUCCUGGCCCUCCUGGCCCUGCUCCUCCUGUCCCGGCGCCCGCCCCGCCUCGGAGGCGCCCUCCCCCCCUCCCUCCUUCCCCCCCUCCAUUCCUUUCUCCCCUCCCUCCCUUCUCUCCCGCAGGCCGAAGGGAAGGCCGUGCUGAUCACCGGCUGUGACAAGGGCUUCGGCCAUGCCCUGGCCAGGCACCUCCACUCCAGAGGCUUCACCGUCUUUGCCGGAUGCCUGCUCAAGGACCAAGGGGGAGACGGCGCCCGAGCCUUGGCCAGCCUGCGGUCCGAGCGCCUGCAGGUUCUGCAGCUGGACAUCUGCAACCAGGAGGAGGUGGACCGGGCUCUGAGCCUUGUGCAGGAGAGCCUGGAGGAGCCCCAGCAAGGCUUGUGGGGCCUGGUGAACAACGCUGGCGUGACCUCCUUUGGGGAGGUGGAAUUCACUAACCUGGACGGGUACCGGGAGGUGGCAGAGGUCAACCUGUGGGGCGCUAUUCGUUUGACCAAGGCCUUCCUGCCCCUCGUCCGCAUGGCCAAAGGCCGGGUGGUCAACGUGACCAGUGCGCUGGGCCGGGUGGCCAGUCCGCUGCGCUCCUCCUACUGCGUCUCCAAGUUUGGCCUGGAGGCCUUCACCGACUGCCUGCGCCAGGAGAUGCGCCCCUGGGGGGUGGCCGUGGUGGCCGUCGAGCCCAGCAACUACAUCGCGGCCACCGGCAUCUUCACGGAGGAGGGCGUGGAGGCCGCGGCCCAGGAGAUGUGGGGCCGGGCCAGCGAAGGCGUCCGUGCCGACUACGGGGAGGCCUCCUUCCGGCAGCAGGUGGGCCGCAUGAAGGCCUUUGUCCGCAGUGGCCUGAGUGACCUCAGCCCUGUCUUGGACGACAUCACGGAGGCCCUCCUCGCCCGGCUGCCCUACGCCCGCUACAACCCCAUGGAGCCCCGCUGGUGGCUGCGCCUGCAGGCCGUGACCCACCUGCCCUCCCUGCUGACCGACUGGCUCUAUGCAAAUUAGCCUAGGGAGGGGGAGGAGGGAGGGGAGGAGGGAGGGGGCACGUGGGGCCAUGACCUCACCCAACUCCCAGCCAGGCUUCCAAACAAAUAUGGGGGGGACAUAGGAGCUCUAAUCCCUGCAGAAUGGAAUGUGCCCCUUGCACGAGGGCAAUCCCCCAGUGACCCCUUUGCAGACCAGACAGGCCCCAGCUGAGCAUUUCAUAACUGGUCAAGCAGUAACCCAUCCCCCUCCUGCCCCCCAACCCCACCCUCAGCUGUAUCCGUUGGGUGGUCUUUGCCGAAUCAGGAAGACCUCAGACCCUGGGAUUUCAAGACCCAAAGCCAAGAAUCAUAGAAUCAUAGAAUCAAAGAGUUGGAAGA